CUCUACUGAUGGACUGGUUAUUUCAGCGGGCGAUUGGCUUCAAGGACCCCAUGUCUACGCUUUGUACCAGUCCUAUGGAAUGUCCAAACAUCAGAUCGAGCUGCUCUUCAUUGCCGGUUUCGGAUCGAGUCUGCUGUUUGGAACUGUGAUAGGAUCGUUUGCCGAUAAGUUUGGCCGUCGAAAUAACUGCAUAAUCUAUGGAAUACUGUAUGGAUGCUCUUGCAUUACUAAGCACUUUCCCAGUAUGGAAGUUCUAAUGGUGGGCCGAUUUCUGGGUGGGAUUGCCACCAGCAUAUUGUACUCGGCGUUCGAGAGUUGGAUGGUCUACGAGCAUAAUAAGUGGGGUUUUCCUGAAAACCUCUUGGGUACGGUAUUCUCCCAUGCUGCACUGGGAAACUCGCUAGUUGCCAUUCUGUCAGGUGUAGCUGCCCAGUUUGCAGCCGAUGCCUUUGGAUACGUGUGA